AUGACAGAAAGAAAGUAUUACGCAGUUGUUGAGUUUGAAGAUGGUUUGCAAGUGAUACCUGAUAAUUGGUUGAAUGAAGAUUUAACAAAGGCUGUUUGGCCAACCUUCACAAAUAAUAAACGAUAUUACAAGGCUGUAAAAUUUAUGGAAGAACCAUUAUCUACUUGGUUAGAGCAUCCAAUCUGUAAAAUAUAUGGAAAGUUUUUAAAUUAUGCAGUAGCAAGGAAAAAAUUAAAAGAAGCUGAAGCGUUAUCUGAUAUAAAUUCUGAUACUGAUAGAAAUGAAUCUUUAAAAAAAUCUAGAAAAGUCAGAGCUGCUAAAAUUUUUGAUAAAGAUACGAGUAGCGAUGAACAAUCGGAUUCUUCACUUAUUUCGGAACUCCCAAAAGUCCCUGAAAAACGUGCAAUAACUGCAUUGAAAAAUAACUGUAUUGAAAAACAAACAUGUACUACUAAAACAAAAAAUGCAACAUUUUCACAAACAGAUGUACAAAAUGACACUGAAGAUUUACUUUAUGCAUCAGACACAGAACAAUCAUUUACAAAGGAUUUUGAAUCCGCUAACUUUACUGAAACAGCAAGUAUGCCAAUCCAACAAGCAAAGCUUGAUUCGAGUUUCAAUUGUAAUCAAGAUUAAACAAUUGACUCGUGUUACAUGUAAAGAUAUAAAGACUUCGUGUACACAUUUGAUGAGAAAAAUUUUUUCCAACGAUUUGGCAGUACAUUACAGCUGGUAUGGGGCAAAAAAAAAA